GCUGGGGGAUCUUGUGUUUAAUGUUCCUCCGCGGUGAAACGUCGCCUGUUUGUCAACAAAACAGGCCAGCCGAUAUCACAGCGCGUCCCGGCCGCCCUCGGCUUCACUCGUCUGUUUCCGUGACCUUUCGUCUUUCUGAGCAUACACCGUGACAAAAACAUGGCGAUGGCCUCUCUACGAAAGUGUGCGUCCCCGCUGGUGUUGUUUGGCAGAAGGUUAUUCACGCCGGAGGUGAACGCACUGUGUCUGUAUCACAAAAAGGUUGUGGACCAUUAUGAGAAUCCAAGAAACGUGGGUUCCCUGAACAAAAACGCCAAGAACGUGGGGACGGGAUUGGUAGGUGCACCAGCCUGUGGGGAUGUGAUGAAACUUCAGAUCGAGGUGGAUGAAAAUGGAAAGAUAGUGGAUGCAAAAUUCAAGACAUUUGGUUGCGGCUCAGCUAUUGCUUCUAGUUCUCUAGCGACUGAGUGGGUGAAGGGGAAAUCGAUUGAUGAAGCCUUGAAGAUCAAGAACACAGACAUUGCCAAAGAACUCUGCCUUCCCCCUGUCAAGCUUCAUUGCUCUAUGCUUGCAGAAGAUGCCAUAAAAGCUGCUCUGUCAGACUACAGACUCAAGCAACAGGACAAGAAGGAGGAGCGUGUGAAAGUCAGCAGUUAGUAUUAUUGUCACGUGUAGUAUACCUUAGUGAUAUCUCAACAUUAGCAUUAUAAUGAUCCAUGGCAGGAUGGUUACCACCUGGGAAGGUCGGGUCUUCCACUCCUCUGGAUGUUGGAUAUGAAAAUCUUCUGGGAUAAAUAAAAUAAUUCAAGCCAAGAUUUCCAUUACUACAGAGUACUGCUGCUAGGUGUUUAUGCUGUAUUACAAUUGCAGUGUGUUUUUCCUCUGGUUGUAAUGGUCAGAAAUUGUUUGGUAAUUGAUGUUGAUUUUUUUUAAAGCUCUAAUGUUAAAAUGAAAUAUUCCAAAACAAUUCUGACCAGUGAAUUUAAACAAGGGAUCUCGGUAUUGUGCCUAUUGUGUAAUGCUUGUCUACCAUGAAAAUUAAUAUACAUUAGGAAGCUAUAAUUUGAGGUGUAUUUGUUGUGCAUAUUGCUUUUGGCAUUCAAACUUUAUUUGGCUGUAUUGAUCGUAUAAACUCAGUCUAUUUGAGGACUCAUUAUAAAAACAGAGUUCUGUAUCAUUAGCGAUAACUAAACAUACAGAGCAUACAGAAUACGCAAUAUAAGAUAUAUAUAUUCUGAGCAUUUUGCCUCUCAUUGUAACUGAGAAUUAAACUUUACAGACAACAUUGUUGUGUCA